AUGGCUGCUGCGUCCCUUCACCACAUCGCUGACAUGGAACAAGGGGUCAACUGUCUGAAGGACCCAGCUGUGCUGGAGAACAAUACCAUCAGAGCACUGUGUAAGCAGCUGGAGGAAGACUCUGGUCGAUUAACCGAUAAUGGACUGGUAUCUGCACUUCUUGCUUGCACGCGGCUCUACCUCGACCCCUGGAGUACACUGAUGGUGCGACUGGUGUCUGAGAGCCAGGAGAGACUAGACCAGGGCUCCCUGAGUGUAGGGCAGCUCUGUGACUUGGGUCAGGCCAUGUUGGCUUUGGAGGGUCCUGGCUCUGUCAUGCUGGACCAGAUCAUGUCUCAAAUCCAGAAGCAGGAGCCAACAGCGUGGAGCUUAGAAGGGCUUAGAGCAGUUUAUAAACUGAUGCAAAAUGGUGCAGGUUUUGAUGGGAAAUACUGUGAUCUCCUGAAUGGCAUGCACACUCACGCAGUCACCGUCACCUCUCGUAUGAACCCUGCUACUGUCAGUGAGCUGCUCGGUGUCCUCACAAGUCUGAAUCAAACUCAGGCCAUGCCUUUGGUGAUAAGUUUGUGUAAACGCGCCGUGCGUCAUGUGCCUCACUUCACGGACGACGAGCUCACUCUUGUUCUCGGAGCACUUAUGCACUUUGGUCACAGUGAUCACUACUUUGUGGACGCUAUGGAGAAGUACGUGCCCACAAUGGCCUUCUCCUCCAAUCCAGAGACAGUUACUAAAGUGAUGCAGUUCUUUGGGAGAAGAAACAUCUUGUCUCCGGUGGUGUUUGAUGCCGUGGCUGAAAGUUUUGUGUACAGAGCAGACGAGUACACAACGAGCCAGGUGGCCAGACAAAUCAUGCCCUUUGGAAAGCUCGGCUACCUCCCUCCUAAUGCUGCCGAUGUGUUUAGGAAAGUCGAAACAAUCUUACACACUCGCUUUUCCCACUUCCAGCCUCGCACUUUGCUCAAUGUGCUUCAUUCCUGUAUUUUGGUUGAGAGGUUUCCUGUAAACUUCGUCUCCAAAGUUUUCAGCAGUUAUUUUCUCCAACAACUCCAAGAUCAAGGUACAGGAAUAGACAGACGAGUUCUCGCCCAGUUAACUCAGCUUUACAUGACUAUGAAGCUGGAAUGCCCUUUCUAUGAGGGACCUCGGCUUCGUCCACAGUACAAUGUGAAGUCUUUUCUCAUGCCUGGUCACUCGCUGGAGACUCCAGUGGAUCCUCAUUUAUACAACUCUGUGAUAACGGGUUUGGUGGAUUUGCUUGGUGCUCGUUCAUAUUUUGGCUCCAAAGUGUUGACACCAUACUGCUACACACUAGAUGUGGAGAUAAAGCUGGAUGAAGACGGGUAUGUGUUGCCGGCAAGUCAUAAUGACGACGUUUAUAAAAGAAUUGCUCUUUGCAUUGACGGACACAAGAGGUUUGCAUCAAAUAAAAGGCAGCUAUUGGGUAAAGAAGCAAUCAAGCAAAGGCAUCUGAGGCUUAUAGGAUAUGAAAUAGUCCAGAUUCCAUUUUAUGAAUUUGAUCGACUCCGAAACAAGCAGAGUGUUGUGGAGUAUCUGCACCAGAAGAUCUUUCCCCACAGCUACAGACUGAGCUGGUGA